AUAGAAUUACGCAUUCCGCGUGUUCUUCAAAGAUUUCUAUGAUUCCAUCUUCUUAGGGGUUCUUGAAUUUUCUCGAAUAGAAUAGAAUAUUGUGUUCUAUUUUCCUUUGCGUACAUUAUUCAUUCGUCAAUACGUCGUUGUUGUGUUAGUAUAUAAAGAAGACGCGUGAGAACAGAUAUAUGUCCUGUUAGUUACAGUUGAGUGUUUGUCAAUUGUUUUUUUAUUAUUCAAUUUUGAAUAAUGGGUACGAAUCCUGAAAAUAACCAAAUAGCUGGUGCAAUAACAUAUCCUGUUAGCAGUCAGAAUAUGCAAUCCGUGCCUGUACAACCGCGGCAGCCCAGGAGUCUCCAGGGUCUCCUGAGGUUUGCAAUGGAAGCAACAAAAGCAGAAGAUGCACCAGGGAACUCAGAAUUCAGUCCCAUGGAUGAAGAGCGGCGGAAAUUUCUCGAAGACGCAUUAAAGAGUCUCACAGUGAAUGUGGCAGAGGUGCUGCAGAGUUCCAUCAAAGUGCUAACAGACACAGAGAAGAUCCGCAGCAUCCAGCUGGGGGAACCGUUGCCUUCUGAUGUUGAGACCGCAUUCGACAACCUGCUGGAUUAUAUUGAUGAUAUCGAUAUUGCUAAUGACUUCUACAAAAUGGGCGGGUUCGCCAUCUUUCCGGUAUGCUACGGCAGCGAGAACGACGAGUUGCGGUCGCGUGCGAGCUCGGUGCUGGCGGAGGCGUGCCAGAACAACCCGCACUGCCAGCGCCGCGCCCUCGACUGCGGCCUGCUCAACGUGCUCAUACACCUCGUGCAGUCCGAGCGGGGGCACGCGCUCGCCAAGUGCUUGUACGCUAUAUCAUGCAUAUGCCGCGAGUACGAGCCGGCGGCGCGCGAGCUGGUGUGGCAGGGCGGCGUGGCGGCGCUCGCAGCGCUACUGCGGGCGCCGGAGCCGGCCGCCAGGACCCGCGCCGCAUUCCUCGUCAGGCACCUUGCGCACCACUACAGCGAUGCUAAAGAACAAUUCAUACAGAACAACGUUGUGGAAACAGUGGUGGAACAAAUCAAGUCGGGACGAGAUGACACUACCGAACAUCUGUUGGGCAUUCUCCUCGCCUUAGUCGAGGGUCUGGACCCGACUGUGCUGCAACAGUGCAGGAACCCUCGUCUCAACCUCAAGAAGGUUCUAGAAGAUCAUCUCAAACAUCCAGAAUUGGAGGAGUCAUAUAUAGAAGAGAAAGAGUACUGUCAGGAGAUACUGCAGCAGGUCUUCAAGGAUUGCCCUCCGAUAGAAGUGGUGGAUGAUGAAGUGACCAGAUAGUUUUGUAAAUGUUUCAGUUAAGUUUGGACUGAAUUUAGCAGUUAUACACUUAAAGAUGUGGAAUGAAAACAUAACCAAGAACAGUGAUUCUCAACCUUUUUUUUUCGUUGCGGCACAUAUUUAACGAUUUCAAAAUUUGGCGGCACACAAAGGAAAAGAUAAAAAUCAUUUACUUACUACAACACACUGCAUGAAUAGUUUGACAAAAAAUUUAAAUAUUUGCAAAAUUUGGCGGCACACAAAAGUGCCGCGGCACAAUGGUUGAGAACCACUGACCUAGAUAUAUACUAAUAAUAUAAUUAUUUAACAGCGAGGCCAACUUCAAUGCAAUCGAAGUUCAGUUUUCAAGCAGUGACUUAAAUUCUGUAUUAAAAUGAAUAUAAGUGCAUUUAUUCACGUAGGUCCAUCCAAGACACUUAAUACAUUUUCUGUUCAUUUAUUUAUAUUCUUUAUUGCAUUUGAACAAUAGAUACAGCGGGAGGGAGACUGUACAAAAGUCGAUUGCUUGGGUACCUCAGUCCCAUUCGUAUUUCAACCGUGAACCAGUUGUGUUUGCAUGGUUGUGUUUCGGUUUGAAGGGUGGAAUAUGGUGUGAAUUUACUAAGUACAGAGGAAUAACACCUGAGUCUUCAGGAAUGGCAACGCAUGGGAGGUAUCAUUGGCG